CAUUUAUGUGCUUUCUAUCAUCUCAAGUCCAUUCGAUCGAAUUGGCCUUCCUUCGACCCUCAAUUACGCUCCCGGCUCUUUCCCGUUGCUCUCCACCAUGCCGGUGCCUUUCCUUGGGACCGUUUACCCGAUUUAUCCUUGUGCUGACACUUCGGGGUAAUAUCUACUUAUCCCAUCUCAGGGGAUCCCUCUCUCGCUCCUUAUCUAGCCCUUUGCCUGUUAGUUUCUUGUCUUACCUACCUAUUCGUCGAGUUUCCAUCUCGUUAUCACGCAGACGAGACGUUACAACGCUUAAAGCCUGUCCUACAUAGUUCUACUAUUACGGACUAGUUCUUGAUCUUGUUUCAGUUACUCUCUCUUUUUCAAGACAAGGCAUCACCAGACCCUACGAGAGGCUUUGGCACUCCUUUCAAUCAUAAACAAUGCCACGCUCUCGUCUACCGCCAACCCCAGCAAUGUCGGGAGAACUGAUAAUCAAGGACCAGGUGUGCGUGGACACUGCGGAUCCGUUUGCAUUACCUCCAGCUGCCAUGAGCCCAGCCAAAGCGAACAGUGCCAGUCGCAGGUCAUCCAAAUCGGACCAGUCGGCUUAUUUUCCUGCUUCCCCAACUUCCCCGGACCUUAACAUGGGACGUGGUGCAAACCCACCCCGGCAAACGGGUAUCAAACGACCACUCGAGGACUUUGAUCUUCCACCACCUCCCACUCGCACACGCAAAAUCAUCCAGAUGAAACCGAAGACACAGACCCAAGGCCAAUCCAAACCAGCGCCCACAGCGAGCAAGACCCCAUCUAAAGAUAGUAGCAAGAACGCUUCGAACAAUGUGACUCCUAGCACUUCCAAGAAGAAGCAGCCCAGUGCUACCAGCGCCGCCGGUCGAAAGAUUGCUCGCAAGACAGCGCACAGUUUGAUCGAGCGACGAAGGAGAUCUAAGAUGAAUGAGGAAUUCUCAACCCUCAAGGAUAUGAUCCCAGCCUGUAAGGGUCAGGACAUGCACAAGCUUGCCAUUCUGCAGGCAAGCAUUGACUACGUCAAUUACUUAGAACAAUGUAUCCAUGAUCUUAAAACUGCAGGCAAUAGCCAAAGGGCUGUUCCCCAUCGCAUGCCACCAGGUCCUCCUUCGCCAUCGUCGCCGGAGGUUUUGGGAGAAAUAGCGGGCAGUACAUACUCAGCUUCAGUGUCCCCAGACCUACUUCCCAAUGGGUGUCAUACAAACAUUACCUCACCUGCGUUUUCGCCUCGAAGCCAGAUCCCCUCUACGGGUGCAACUAUGGACUUUACUUCAAUCCUGCCUAGUCCAGCGUUGGGUCCAACUCACCCUAGCGACAGCGCUUUACGGUCGUCCCGUGGAUCUUGGGCAGCCGAUCCCUCACCAGUGCUCCAGCCACAAACACACCAUGCUUCCUCUGCAGAGAUGGACCAUGAAGCGUCGGCCGCACUCCUCAUGUUGAAUCGGGAUUGCCGAGGGAGUGUAGGCUCGAUGCAAGAGGAGAAUGCUAAGCCUAUUUCCGACAAUCGCCCGUAUUCCUUACACGACACCCAAAGGAAGAUUGGGAUGAGUGUCAAAGAUUUGUUGAUUUCGUAGGAAGUCACUUACAGGGCCGGCGGCAUCCGUGCUGAUGUUUUUCAGAGGGAUUUGUAUCUGCCAAGAAAAGUUCACGUUUUCUUCCCCUUCCCUUGCUCUUUAUGAAAUCCCAGAGUGGCCAAGUUGCUGUUUUGCAUCGGACAGGCGAAUAUGAUUAAUGCCCAUAUAAAUGUGUAUAAUGCAACGAGUUUAACAUUUCAUAAUGUAUACCUUUGACCAUGACAACUUCUCGAGUUGAAGGAGACAGAGCAUGACCCCAAAUGGGAAGCAGAUCAGUGAGAGCAGAAACUUCAAAGCCUUGAUAACAUGGAUUAAACACCACAUGAAGAUAUUGUAAGUAAAGGCUAAUAAACUUAUUGUGGACAGUACCUUACUGGGUAUUAGUAUUUCCAUGAACCUAAAACCGAACCAAAGUCCUACCCUUAAAUCCAUUCGAUGCCGAACUACCAAUAGAGGGCCCGCGGAACGAUCACGAACCUGCCGAGUUUGUUUGCUUACCCUAAAGAGCGGCACACUUCCCAUGGGCCGAAUUCCUGCCUGUUGCAGUCCCCAAGUCCUAUGACACCGACGAGUAUAAUAGCCACCCAAUCACAGAGCAUGCUGUGUGCCCGUUGCAGCCCUCCAAGGGGGUGUUGGAGGGGGGGUACAGUAGGUCAGUCUAGACAUGGUCGUUCGUUACGUACCCC